AUGGAUUGGCUGGAGCGAGUCUCCGAAGAAUAUGGGCGAGUUGUCCAUCCACCACUGGUGCUGAUCCUGUGUAUUUCGGGAUCACUCGGACAUCUGGUCUCCAUCGCCACUCUAUCAUCAAUGAUGAACCCUACGAACGCUUUCCUCAUCAGUAUGUCAUGGUAUUGUACGAUUUGUUUUCACGAGUCUAUCAAAAUAUCGAAUUUCAGUUCACAGUUAGCUCUAUGCGCCAACUUUCUUUACUCGACGUUCUUCAAAUGGGCUUCGGACGAGUUGUGCUAUCCGUUCUUCUUCUCCUACUAUAUGACGAAAACAAUGCAUGUCUCAGUGACGCUCUCUGUACUUGUACAUAUGGCAGGGGUGUUCCACGUCGUAGCUUUAUCAAUCAUUCGAUAUUUUUCAUUAUCUGCCUUGGCAAAUAUUCACUCUUCACAACAAUGGUUCACUUUUCAGAAAUUUCGAAUAUCGCUGACGAUCAUAUUCGUUAGUGUCGCUAUCAUUGGCAUUCCUCUUCAUUUCACAUCGGAAGUGGUGAUGGUGGAGGAGAAUGAAGGCUGCGCCAGGCGACACCCUGCGUUGCGGAAUGCCACCGCCUUUCAACUACAGUUUUCUUCAUUUCCGCACCUUCAAACGCUGAAUUUCUGGCUGUUCAAUCUAUGUUCGAAGAUAAUACCAUCGGUGAUUUUGUGUUUGAUGACCUUCAUGAUUCUCGCUAAGCUGAAGAAGAUUCAGCAAUUAAGCUCACGAUUCACAAGCGUCGAACGCGACAAACAGUACCAACGAACGACAAACAUGAUUCUGAUCAUCAUGUUCAUAUUCAUCAUCGUUGAACUUCCUCAAGGAUUACUUGCCGUUGCCGCUACCGUGACGGAGUUGCAAUUAAUCGUCGCAUUAGGCGAUUUCAAUGAGAUGAUCACUCUGCUGACAUCCUGCGUAAUCUUUGCACUAUUCUGCUUGAUGAACGGUAAAAUACGUUCAGCCUUCAAAGAAGCGCCAUGCUUCCGAUGGUUAGAGAGAUGGACAAAAAAUGCUAUGAAGUACAGGUACUGUAUCGCUUGUCGCUUGUCUCUAGCAGGACUUCCCGAGCGAUCGUUUCUCUUUAGAAUGGGUCGAACGGUUGCACGUGACAAACUGCUCGACUAUUCAAUCACAGCUGAGAAGACGGUCGACACAUCAAACAACUAUGCAGUUUUGUGA